AUGAACAGCUUGGUCGCUAAACUGGUACUGUUUCUGCUGAUUGUAUUAGUUGCCGGUGAGGGUCGCACGAUUGAGUCAUCGUCCGGCGGUGACAGAACGGCGAACCCACGCUGGACCGUACGACCGAUGAACGUUAACUGUCCACAGCCGGCCUGCACCACGGCGAAGGAUCUCAACACGCUGUGGGCCUCACCGGACGCGACCCAGUUCAUACGCUGCCGGCCAGCACCGACCGGAUACUGGAUGAUCGAGCUCAAUCCCUGCGCACCCGGGACGCUGUUCCAGUUCUCCAAGCAGGCGUGCGUGGCCACGCGAAAUUGGUCGUCCUGCUGAGGUUAG